AUGGCUCAGAGGGCGCGUCGGAACGGUUCGCCAACGAGCGGCGGCGGUGGUGGUGGUGGUGGUGGUGUUGGUGGCGGUGGUGGUGGCGGUGGUGGUGGUGUUGGCGGUGGUGGUGGUGGUCGGCCGCAACCCAUGAGGGCCACUGUGCCGUUCCAGUUGAAGCGAGGCAGCCCGACGAGGGCUGGAGGAGGGGCGGGUCGACAGCAGCAGGCGGCCUCCUUGCGGAGCAGCCGCACCAGGACACAGCAGCAGCAGGAGGAGGCAGCCCCCUGCUCCUCACACUCCCCUCCAUGGGCCCCAGUGGCUGCAGACUCUUCACAGAGGGUCAGACACGGGAAAUCUCCAGAGCACAAGGGCUCCCCAGAAAGGAAGAGCCCGGGUACCGGCCCCGGCACCGGCCCCGGCACCAGCCCCGGCACCGGCCCCGGCACCAGCCCCGGCACCGGCCCCGGCCCCCCUCUCAGCAAAGGUACGACUCCACGCGUCUGGGCAGACGAGAACUCUGAAAAGAAAAUGUCUCACAAGCGCUCAGCAUCCUGGAGAAGCAAUGACCAGCUAAAAGAGAAUGCAAAAUUACGUCAGCAGCUUCAGCGCAGCAAACAGAGCAGUUGGCAUCAUAGAGAUAAAGACAGACAAUCUCCCUUCCAUGGCAACCAUGCAGCUAAUAAUCAAUCACAGGCGCCCAUUCCAAAGACAGUUUUGAUUCCAGUGGCAAUUCCUAUUUCAAAGACAACUGUUUCCCGACUUCGUAACAGCGUGGAGGGUCUUAACCAGGAAAUUGAGAGGAUUAUUAUUAAGGAGAGUGGGGAUAAAGAAGAGCAGAUGAUUCUGCAGGAUACUCCAGACGGCCAUCGGGCUCCACUUCCUAUACAGAAGCGAAGCAGCAGCACACGGAGCAUUGACACUCAGACCCCCUCAGGAGUGGAUCGGAGCAGUGCGAGCAGCAGCCGCUCCCAGUCCAUCUCACCAAUGUUCCUCACUGUAGCCAACGAGGGGAGUAGGGAGAGUCCAUGCUACACUGAAGAUCUCCUCACAAAUGGCAGAGAGAAAGAAAGUGGAAACAGCUCUCCACUGCCAAAAUACGCCUUCUCCCCAAAACCAAACAACAGUUACGACUUCAAACGUGAACCGCCAGAAGGCUGCGAGAGGGUGAAAGCCUUUGAGGAGACUUUACCAAAGCAGCUACAUGAGAUUCCUCAGUUCUUCUGCCCUGAUAAAAAUAAGGUGAACUUUAUCCCGAAAAGUGGCUCUGCUUUCUGCCUGGUCAGUAUCCUCAAACCGCUCCUGUCCACGCAAGAUCUUACACUCAAGGGUUCCAAUCAUGGUCUGAUUGUCCCCACAGCAGUCAUCCCUACAGUAUCUCUUGCACAACCUAUCCCUCUGCCAACACAUAUGGAGCAAGACAGGAUUUCGAGAAGCACCUGCAUGGGCCACCUUCAGGCUUCGGUGUACCAGCAGUCAGCGCAGGCAGAAGAGUUGGAGAAAUGAGCCAGUGGAGCAGGCGUUCACUGGGGAAACCCACAGCAACCCCACAUAUCUACAGCUCUUGGCAGUAAGGAUUCAGGCCCGAGGUACAAGCAAAGUGGGGUGAGGGAAGGGGGUUCAGUCAGCCAACAACAGCAUUUAAGGCAAUGCCUUCCUUGAGUAAGAUCUAGGCCUUUAAAUAUGAAGGUGAUUCUCUUAUGAUGCACACGGUUUGUGAGAGUGGGUCCCAGACAGGCACAAGGACUAAGGAAGGUCUGUGAAACUUUGAACUGCAAAGUAUUUUGGACGCAAUAUUACUUGAAUGGACCACAGCUGUCAUUAUUCCCCCAUGUGGAGCCUUAUCUUUUAAUGACUCCUGUUCUGUUUACAUUU